GCACGGUACCCACCCAGUCAUCCCUAGCAACGAGCAGGUCGCGAGGACGCCGUUCUCCUUGUGAAGACCAGGCGCGUAAUUCGGUCAACGCGAGGCGUCGCUCACCAACGACAUGGCCGGGACGCAAGUUGCUCCACACACCGCAUUCAACACGAUGGGAGGAAAACGCUCGCGAAUCAUGACUCUCGCCUCUCCCAAACUAACUAAGGCAACCUACUGGACAAGCUUCGGGCCAAAUCUUGUGUGGGGUAAUCAAGAUCCAAUGUGGCCGCUUUCUCGUUAUGCACUGAAGGCAAGAACAAAACCUCGUCUACUCCAGCUAUCUCAACCAAAACUUAAUUUUCAGGAUGAAUCUAAGCUUAUACCACAGUAUGUAUUCAGUUGUGGAAGAGAAUCUGUCCUGUGGAGUGUCAGUCCAGCAGCAGCAAAGGGAAAAGCAAGCACUCGUGUAUUACAGUUGUCAAUGCCUAAAACAGAUCAUUCUGAUAGCAAUGCACACAGACCUCAGUGUAUCUUCAGCUGUGGUCGAUCUAGUCCUAUCUGGGACACGAGUGAAGCUGCUAGAAAUUGCAGCGAUAGAGACCACACCCUCCGGCUGUCGACACCAAAAUCCUGGCACCGAGAUUAUCUUCCGAUUCGGGAAGCACAAUGGGCAGUGAGCAAACCAGCUCAAGAAGCGAUACCGAGGGAACACACAGAGUUGCUGUCUCAACCGAAGCAGAGAUUGGAUGGCCUGGUUAGAGAUCCAGAAUGGAAGGUGAGUCGUUCAGCUAUGGUUGCUAUCCCUUCCGAGAGACUGAGUGAGCUCAGCAAAUCAAAAGGAGUGACCGACGGUUAUGAACCAUGCCGCGACGUCGCCUGGAUGGUCUCGGGAGCGGCACGGCGUGCAGUCGCCAGCGAGCGUCUAACCGAUCUGGCAAAGCCGAUCGUCCGAGAGACAAUGGACCAUGUACAAUUCAAUCCGGAUGCAUUCAAUGUGAGCGAGGCAGCAAAGAAAGCUAGAUGCUCUGCUCGAAUCGCCGAAUUGGCUCAACCAGUUACAAGAAACUAGAGCCAGGAAAGAGACUAUGACUAUGAAUAUGAGACACUUAUAAUCAAUUAUUAGUAUGUAUCCUUGGAGUCGACCUUAUAACACAUAUAUUAUUAUAUAUACAACUUAGA